AUGGGGUGCGGUAACGCCACGAACCUAGAUACAUCCAAGCAGCCGAACCUCGUUAUGGCUCGGCACGGCGUGUGGCUCGGCACAGCGUUUGGCUCGGAGACGGAGCGGGACAAGGGGUCCAUCGUGGGCGGCGCGGCUCUGCGCAGCGCGUCUAGGGGCUGCCGCGUGCAGUGGGACCGUGGCCAGCGCGUGCCGCAGAGGGAGCUAGAGGUCGCGAAGCGGGAACUGCGACCGUUGCUAAACGCGCUGCGGUUCAUCGAGUCCAGCAACAGGGUGAACUGCCCGGACGGCGACGCGGGCAGCAGCAUCGGGCCGCUGCAGAUCUCGGAGGAGUAUCACCGCGACGCGUGGGGCCACCGUGCCGGCCGGUGGACGGCGUGUCGCGAGCUGGCGCACGCGGAGGACACGGUGGUGCGGUACUGGCUGCGCUACUGCCCCGGCGCCAUCCGCGCGCACGACUGGGAGCUCCUCGCCAAGUUCCACAACGGUGCGCGCCGAGCCCCUUCCACGCAACCACCGUCAUCUUACCGCGCCCUUGUCGUACAAUACCCGAAACCCCCUCGGUCGUGUGUUCUACUGUUUUCCGACCUCGUUUUUCCGCGUUUGAUCGUUCCCGUCGUCCGCAACCGAUCCUCCCUUACCCCAUCCGCGUGCGCAGGUGGUCCGCGGGGCACGAAGCACAGCAAGACGCGCGCGUACUGGCGCAAGGUGGUGCGCCACCUCGCCGCGCAGCAGCCGCUCGGCCUCUCCGGGGACGUCCCCCACAUCCCUCCGCAGCUUCCGGGCACCUUCCGCGCGGAGGGUCUUGCAGCGGAGUGCUCCGCGUCCUCCGCCGGUUCUGGCGCUGGAACGGGUCUAACGGCUUCCGCCGUCGCACACUAUAAGCAGCAGCAGUCGCUGCAUCUAGAAACGGGUUGUUCUUCGAACGAAAUAUCCGAACAAAUGAGCGGGUCGAACGUGGUUGACGAAUCAGAGCCGCGCGCACCUGUGGCAGCGGGAGGAAGAUUGAAGCACCGGCGCGGCCAUCGUCGUCCCCAGCAGGCGCUGCGCGCAGUGCCGUGGCGCUCCCCCGCGUCCGCUGUCCCCGCUCCCCCCUCCCCCUCCCUUGAGUCCGCCGCUCACGGCGCUGCCCUCGCUGCCCUCUCCGCUCUCCCAUUCCUUGAUACGAUGGCGUUGGAUGGCGAUGCUGACGUGGCGCAUUCUGCAGACGUGUUGUGUGGACCGACGCAGUGCACUUCACCUCUCGCCUCCCCAGCCCGCGCAACUCGCUCCGCUACUGCACCCCCUGCUGCUACACCAUCAGGUGUGGCAGGGUGCUCUCAAACCCCCACAACCCAGCCACAGUGCGCGGGUGCCAAGGUGGGCGCGUGCGGGGACACGGGGGGCGCAGCAGGGGAGGGGUGCGUGGCGGAGGCGCGCGCGGGGGCGGGGUGGCUGCUGUGGGACUCGGAGCUGGCGUGGUCGGUGGAGCAGCACGAAGACUUCUUCACGCCUGCUGCCAGCCUCGACGUGCAGGAGUCGGUUAGGGAGUACCGAGGUGCCACCGUGGCUGCUGACGUGGCAGAUAAGCUUGCCAGCUUGGACAUUGGGAAGCUGGUGCAUGGGAUGAAGAGAGGGGCGGGGAGGGAGGCGGUGGCAGCAAGUAGUGACGAUUUGGGUGAGCGUGCAGCAGGGGAGAGAAGCGCCAAGCUUGCUCGUGCUGCAAGGGACGGCACGGAGGGCAGUGGGGACUCGGCACAUGCAUUGGCACAUGCCAGAUCAGCUGUUGGUGCUUCCAGCUCAGCACUUGCCGACUCUACGGCAGCCAUAGCAGUCUGUCAUAGUUCUUCAAGUGAAUGUGGUGUGAGAGGGAGAGCGAGCAGGGAGGUAAACAGGGACGCACCCAGAGAGGCACCCAGCCAGGCCAGCCGGAGGGUGGAGGAAUGGCUCACACUGGUGGACGGUGGAAGAGCAAGAACGAGCAAGGAAUUAAUGGAGGGCAAGAAUGGGGCAAUAAUGCGGCCAACAGGUGGACCGGUGAAGGGCAGCAGGGAAGGGGAGCCGAAGCCCAGCCCAACAGCACUGCCGCACGCCCAGUCGCUGCACUCCACGCCCGUGCCAUGGGCGGGAGCGGUGCGAGCAGCACAGGCAGCACAGGGGGCACUAGGAGCGCAGGGCACACGGGCAGCACGGCCUGCAUGGGCAGCGCGGCAUGGUGCAUGGCAGGUGGCGGCAGGGCCGAGUGCAGCAGACAAGGUGGAGGCGUGGGUGCAUGCCCAUGGCGCUCGUGCUGGCACUGGUGGUGCUGCUGCUGUGUCGCCCGCUCUCACAUGCUAA